UGAGAUAUACACGUUUAAAACGUUAGACAGACAGAUAGAUAGAUAGAUAGAUAUAAAUUCCUAGCUGGUCAAUCGAUGGAAUGUUGGUCAGUGACUUAAGUUUGACGUUUUCUCUCUUCCCUUCGACGCUUCAUUUUAUCUGUCAUUAAGCAUUCCCCAGUCGGUUACGAUGAGAUACCGUUCACCCCUAGGAGCAUUGCAUAAUUAAAUAACGUGUAUUUUACUUGAAAGUUAUAUGCUAAACACAAAUCGGUAAAUCUUCUGAAAGACCUGGAAAUGACAGCCAGUAAUUCUCCUAGACAUCUAAAUAUUUAAUCGUAUCUUGACGAGCUGCUAGUGUAUUAACUACUUCGCUUUGUUAGUUAAUUUAAUUUAACCUCCAGUUAUAAUUCACAUUUAGACCAAGUAAAAGGUUUUCAUUGAGCAAUUGAUAUGCUGAGCUUGAAGUUAACCAGUGGCGACGACGGCGAGUGAGUGGGAAAGGCUUUAUCAAAUACUCCACCUCAAGUUUGUUGACGUUUCACUGUUCGGCCACACGUUUGGCGCGCACCAUCUUUCAGUUCUGCUAGUGUUUUGAGACACGAAGGAGCAACUUUUGUUUACGACUCUUAAAACCUUCGCAUCGGUUUUAGUUAACGAAGAAAAAGUGAAAACAGACUUAGUUUGACAGCUAGCCGAGUGAAGCAAUUACUUCGCCCCCACCAACAUAUAUCGGAGUGUCAUAUGUACAGUUUGCUCAUUUGAUAAACUGUUGUGAUGGCUGAAGCACACUCAGCAGUUGCGUUCUCCUUCAGUGUGACUUCUGAGGGUCUCGAUGUUAAUGUCAACCGAGAGGUACUGGGCCUCAUUUUCAAGAGUGGUGUCACAUCAUGGAAAAAACGUUUAGGAAGAUUCAAAAAUACAUUCCGUACAGGUAUCUACCCUGUCACACCUAUGGGACUUGGGUUUAUUGUUACACUAAUAGCUUCUAUGAAAGCGAAGAACUUUGCUCCAAGAAUCACAUAUUUAGAUAAUAUAGUAGACACCAUGCCAAAGGUGGACAUAUACGACAACACGGUUAAUAUAUUUGGCAAUGUGUUUUACGGUGUUGUUGUCUGUGGAGCUUUUACUUUUACCAUCCGCAUGAUGCUGAGGGUUUUGUUCACAUAUCAAAGGUGGAUUUAUGAAGUCAGGGGUCCAGUGUCUUUAAGAACCAAAAUUUGGCUGAUGUUUGUGAAAGCUUUUAGGUUUAUAGGUCAAGAGCCUUUAUUGACAAGUUUUCAAGGUGCUUUGCCUAAAUUACCAGUUCCAUCUAUUGAAGAUACUAUGACACGUUAUCUUCGUUCUGUAAAACCAUUAUUGGACGAGGAGAACUAUGACCGAAUGGAAAAACUGGCACUUGACUUCAAAAAUGGUGUAGCAAAGAAAUUACAGCGUUACCUGAUCCUCAAGUCAUGGUGGGCUUCAAAUUAUGUUUCUGAUUGGUGGGAAGAAUAUGUCUAUCUUCGGGGACGUUCUCCAAUUAUGGUCAACAGUAAUUUCUAUGGAGUUGAUGCUGUCUUAAUACAGCACACUCCUAUUCAAGUGGCUCGUGCUGCUAACCUCAUCUAUGCUAUGUUGCUUUACCGUAGAACAUUGGAAAGGCAGGAGUUAAAACCAAUUUUUGUGAAUAAAAUCAUCCCUCUUUGUUCGUCUCAGUAUGAGAGACAAUUUAAUACAACAAGAAUUCCUGGCAUUGAAACUGAUACCCUUGUUCAUUACAAAGACAGCAAUCACAUUGCUGUCUAUCACAAAGGUAGAUUCUAUAAAGUGUAUAUUCGUCAUGGAGGAAGACUACUAACACCCAAAGAGAUAGAAGUAUCGCUGCAGAAAAUAGUUUCUGACAGAACUGAACCAUGUCCUGGUGAGAUGCAUUUAGCAGCACUCACAGCUUGUGAUAGAGUCAGUUGGGCAAAGGCUCGUCAAAAUUUCUUCAGCAAAGGCAAAAACAAAACUUCAUUAGAUGCUAUUGAAAAGGCUGCCUUUUUUGUCACACUGGACGAUGAACCUCAGAGCUAUAGUGAUCUUGAUCCAACGAAAUUAAACAAAUUUAGUCGUUCCAUGCUUCAUGGUAAAGGUUAUGAUCGUUGGUUUGACAAAUCAUUCACACUUGUAGUUUGUUCAAAUGGCACGGUUGGUUUUAAUGCUGAACAUUCAUGGGCAGAUGCUCCAGUAACUGGGCAUCUCUGGGAGUUUACUCUCAGUGAAGAUAUCCUAAACUUGCGGUCUGAUGCACCAAUUACAAGUCAUCUGUGGGAACACUCCAUGCAAAUAUCCAAUGAAGAAGGAUACACUGAUGAUGGUCACACUAAAGGAACAAUUAUUGAACCAUUGCCUAACCCCAUUAAACUUGAAUGGGAUAUCUCAACUGAAUGCCAGGAUGUUAUUCAGACAAGUCUGAAGGUGGCUACAGAGCUACUCAACAAUGUCGACUUGUACAUUCUGAUCCACAACCAGUAUGGUAAACGCCUCAUGAAGCAACAUAAAAUUAGUCCAGAUGCUUAUAUCCAGAUGGCACUACAGCUUGCUUACUAUAGAGAUUGUAAGAAAUUCUCUCUUACAUAUGAAUCUGCAAUGACUCGACUGUUCCGAGAAGGAAGAACUGAGACUGUACGUUCAUGUACACUUGAGUCAGUAGAAUUUGUUAAAGCAAUUAACGAUCCAUCUGUGCCGAGGAAAAAAUGUAGAGAAUUGUUAAUGAAAGCUUGUAAUGUUCACCAAAAAAGUUAUCGUGAAGCAAUGACAGGCAACGGUAUUGAUAGACAUUUAUUUUGUCUAUAUGUUGUCUCCAAGUACCUUAAGAUUGACUCUCCUUUCCUGAAAGAGGUUUUAAGUGAGCCAUGGCGACUGUCUACUAGCCAGACACCACACCAACAAACAGAUAAGUUCGACUUGAAUAAAAACCCUGAGUACAUAUCAGCUGGUGGAGGUUUUGGACCAGUUGCUGAUGAUGGCUAUGGUGUAUCGUAUAUUAUAGCAGGGGAAGAUGUAGUAUUUUUUCACAUUUCUAGCAUUAAAUCAUCUCCAACAACGGAUUCUGAAAGAUUUAGCAAAAACAUAUUGAACUCAAUGCAGGAUAUAAAACAAAUGUUAGAGAGCUCAUAAUAUUUUCCAAGAUGUAUAAAGUUGUACCAUAAAGGACAUUGCUAAAUAAAUUUAUGUUUUUUUAACAGAUAACCCAA